CCACGCGAAUAAAUACACAGUUCUAGACAAACUUCCUCACUCACUCACCUUUUACUCUCAAAAAAAAAAAAAAUUGUUGUUUCUCUCCGCUUCAAUUUUCCUUUCAUUUCUUCAAAAAUGGCAAAAGACCCCGUUCGUGUUCUCGUCACUGGCGCCGCAGGACAAAUUGGUUAUGCUCUUGUCCCUAUGAUUGCUAGGGGAGUGAUGUUGGGUCCAGAUCAACCUGUCAUCCUUCACAUGCUUGAUAUUCCUCCUGCAGCUGAGUCAUUGAAUGGAGUUAAGAUGGAGUUGGUCGAUGCCGCCUUUCCUCUGCUUAAAGGUGUUGUUGCCACAACUGAUGUUGUCGAGGCAUGCACUGGAGUCAAUAUUGCAGUCAUGGUUGGUGGAUUCCCCAGAAAAGAAGGUAUGGAGAGGAAGGAUGUCAUGUCUAAGAAUGUAUCUAUUUACAAGUCCCAGGCUUCUGCCCUUGAAAAGCACGCUGCUGCCAAUUGCAAGGUUCUGGUUGUUGCUAACCCAGCAAACACCAAUGCAUUGAUCUUGAAGGAAUUUGCUCCAUCUAUUCCAGAGAAAAACAUUUCUGCUUUGACUAGACUUGAUCACAAUAGGGCAUUGGGCCAAAUUUCCGAAAGAUUGAACAUUCAAGUCUCUGAUGUAAAGAAUGUCAUUAUCUGGGGUAAUCAUUCAUCAACCCAGUACCCCGAUGUCAACCAUGCAACUGUUAACACCCCCGCCGGGGUGAAGCCUGUCCGAGAACUUGUUUCCGACGAUUCCUGGUUGAAUGGAGAAUUCAUAUCGACUGUUCAACAACGUGGUGCUGCAAUUAUCAAGGCUAGAAAGCUUUCAAGCGCACUAUCUGCUGCAAGUGCUGCUUGUGACCACAUUCGCAAUUGGGUUCUUGGAACUCCUGAGGGCACAUUCGUUUCAAUGGGAGUGUAUUCCGAUGGUUCUUACAAUGUUCCCGCUGGACUUAUCUAUUCAUUCCCCGUCACUUGUGCCAAUGGAGAAUGGAAAAUUGUCCAAGGACUUUCAAUUGACGAGUUCUCAAGGAAGAAGCUGGACUUGACAGCCGAAGAGCUUUCUGAGGAGAAGAGUUUGGCUUACUCUUGCCUCUCCUAGACUGCUUCCUUUUUGUUGACUGAUUCCCAUAUUUUUGUCUAUAGAAGUAGCUUCAAUUUUGAAUAAUGCUUCUAGAUACAUUGUCUCUUGGGAAUUACUUGUACUGCAAGUUUGACGGAUUUUCUCCAUGAUGGUGAUACAUGAAUUUUGAUGUUUGAUGGGGACUGCACUAGCGUGCAGACACAUACAUCUAUUUCUUGUGAUUGAGUAUUAUGCAAUUGU